UAAAUUCAAUCUUCUGUAAAAUCCAUAUUGCGUCUUCUUCAUUUCAACAGACAAAGUUCCAUCCGACUUCCGAGGACUCUCGACGCGGGAACAAGACGGCGACGCAAACUGAAGUUCCCAAAGAAGAAGAGUGAGAGAGUAUAAUGGAAUCGAAGACAUCGUCAUCUCCUUCCUCCUCCUCCUCCUCCUCUGUAAUUGAGCACGAGGCCUAUGCCAGAGUGGGACUACUGGGAAAUCCGAGCGACGUUUACUACGGCCGGACCAUUUCUUUUGCGUUUUCGAAUUUCAAGGCCUCCGUCCAACUCCGGCCCUCUGAUGAGCUUGUCAUCACUCCUCAUCCCACUCACGAUCUUGUCCAGUUCAGAUCCCUUGAUCAUCUGGUAAAUCGAUUGUCCAAUGAAGGCUACUAUGGUGGGGUGCGAUUGCUUAUGGCAAUUUGUAAAGUUUUUUAUAAUUAUUGCAGAGAAAACGGGAUUAAUCUUCAUGCAAGGAAUUUUACUUUGUCUUACGACACUAAUAUUCCUCGACAGGCAGGACUUUCAGGUUCCAGUGCUAUUGUAUGUGCUGCCUUGAGUUGCUUGCUAGACUUCUUUGAUGUCAGGCAUCUGAUUAAAGUAGAGGUCAGACCUAACCUUGUUCUUGCCGCAGAGAAAGAACUAGGCAUUGUUGCUGGUCUUCAAGAUCGUGUUGCGCAGGUUUACGGUGGCCUUGUUUACAUGGAUUUUAGCCAGGAACACAUGGAGAAGCUUGGGCAUGGCAUAUACACACCCAUGGAUAUUAAUCUUCUUCCUCCACUAUAUCUAAUAUAUGCUGAUAAUCCAAGUGAUUCUGGAAAGGUCCACAGUACAGUACGGCAGAGGUGGCUUGAUGGUGACAAAUUCAUUAUAUCAUCAAUGCAAGAAGUUGCUAGGGUUGCAGAAGAAGGAAGAACGGUUUUACUUGAGAAGGACUAUUCAAAACUUGCAGCACUUAUGAACCGCAAUUUCGAUCUUCGCAGGAGUAUGUUUGGAGAUGAUGUUCUGGGUGCUUUAAACAUUGAAAUGGUGGAAAUAGCCCGAAGAGUAGGUGCCUCUUCAAAGUUCACAGGCAGUGGAGGAGCAAUCGUGGUAUUCUGCCCUGAUGGGCGUUCACAGGUGGAGCUUCUGGAGGAAAAUUGCCAGAAAGCUGGUUUUUUUAUUCAACCAAUUCAGGUGGUUCCUUCAUGCUUAAAUGAGGUUGAUCUUAGAACACUUUCCAGUUAGAUUAGAAGAGGUUGCAAUGAGUUUGGUAAUUUUGGUUUGCUGAGGAGAUAUUCAAGUUGAAUACAUUAUCAGUGAAUCUUUUGAAUAAGUUACAGGAGCCUUUUUAAAAUUCUUUUGGGAAGAUUAUAGGAACUGCUAAACUUGAUAAAUUGGUCUUAGGCGUCUUGAAAUCUUUCACUAUAUGAUGUAUGUUCAACGUUCAUUUGAUCAAUGAAUCAAUACACUCACUUUCAUUUACAGA